AGAGAUAACCGGAAGUGUACAAGCAGCUAGCUAGCACUGUAGCUGAAUUAGCUCUCAAUCUGAUUAUUCCAACGUUUCAUUCUCCUCGUUGGGUUUCCAGCAAAAGCAACAAUGUCCGAAAGAAAAGUGUUAAAUAAAUACUACCCCCCGGAUUUUGAUCCAUCCAAAAUCCCCAAACUUAAACUCCCAAAAGAUCGUCAGUAUGUCGUCAGAUUGAUGGCUCCAUUCAAUAUGAGGUGUAAAACAUGUGGCGAAUACAUCUACAAGGGAAAGAAGUUCAAUGCACGCAAAGAGACUGUAAUGAAUGAGCUGUACAUGGGUCUACCCAUCUUCCGUUUCUACAUCAAAUGUACUCGAUGUCUUGCUGAGAUUACAUUUAAGACCGACCCAGAGAACACAGACUAUGCCAUGGAGCACGGUGCAACACGAAACUUCCAGGCAGAGAAACUGAUUGAGGAAGAGGAGAAGAGAGUCCAACUUGAGAGAGAAGAAGAGGAGCUGAACAAUCCCAUGAAGGUGUUGGAGAACCGCACAAAGGAUUCCAAGAUGGAGAUGGAGGUUCUGGAGAACCUCCAGGAGCUGAAGGAGCUGAACCAGAGGCAGGCUCAGGUGGACUUUGAGGGGAUGAUCGACCGCUACAGAGAUUUAGAGAAGAGAGAGAAGGAAAGAGAGAAAGAAGAGGAUGAGCUAGAGACAAAAGAGAUGUUGGAUCGUGCCCUUGUGAAAAGACUCAGAGAUUCUGACUCUGAUUCAGAGAAGGAGGAGGAGGGGGGCAGCAGCUCACAGUCAAAGAAACUCAGCCCAGACAAACCAACAGACAUCCUCACCACUGUCAAACCCACAGAGGCACAGGAAGCCUCAGCUGGAGGAGUGAAGAGGGCCAAGGUGGAGAGCUGGGAGAGGAGUGUGGGUACGCUGGGCAGUAAAGGGGCACUGGGGUCUCUGGUCGUGCGAAAGAAACCAGCAGCAGCUGUCAACAAACCCAGUCCAGUGGCAGCAGCUGUCAACAAACCCAGUCCAGUGGCAGCAGCUGCUGCUCCCACUUCACAAACAGAUUCAAAGGCAUCUACAGCUGGCUACAUGAAUGCCUCUAAGCCUGUUACCACACAAAAUGGAUCGUCGUCUCUCAGCCUGCUGGGGGCGUAUUCAGACAGUGACAGCAAUGACAGCGAAUGAAAAGAAGAUGCUCGGGGUGGUUUUUGAUUUUGAGUGAUUGACUCACAAUUGUAUAAUUGAUGCAUAAAGGAUUAUUAUUAAUAAUUCAUUUUUGUAAUGCUGUGCAGAAAUCCAAUGUAAACCAGUUUGUGGGUCUAUCCUAUAAACCUUUCUAUAAAGAAGCGACUGAUGAUAAGUCAAUGUGUUGGUGGGCAGUCAUUAGCAGGAAUUCUAUUGUCUGCUAUCCAAACCCAGUGAAACAAAAAUAAUCUUCCUUAGCUGAUCCAUCGUUUCAUAGACCUGUUGUUACUAAGAAUUUAACCUAGAAGAAAUGAUAAUGUUUGAAGUUUUGUGAGUCAGAUUUUGCCCUGUGAAAAUAUCAGAUGUAUAUUUUAGUGUUUAUUAAAAUCUGUUUAACUUUAAA